GAGAAUGAAUGGAAAAACACGGGGAAGAGGGGAGGGGCUGAUGAAGGAGGUGCAGCGCAGGUGUGGAGGGAAGCUCAGGCUGGUGAGGAGCACAAGGAAACAGGAAGGGUGGAAGUGCAGGAUCCAUGAUUUGUUGGAGAUUCACCCAAAUAUCUCGUUCUCUGCUGUGAUCGUCCCUCCGUCCAUCACGUUCUCAUGAAGUUCGCGCCCCCCCUGGACCCCCCCAGACCAGGUCGCAGUCUGAAGAUUUGAUCCGGCAUCUUCCUCCAGAGAGACGGGGGGGAUGAAGAGCGAGUGUGGACGAGGCAGCGGAGGGCAGCAAGGAGGAGCUUCUUCUUCUUCUUCUUCUAUGACUUUCGUAUCAGGACGAGGACGAUAUGACGGAGGAGUGAGAGCUACACGAGACAGCAGUUCGCUUCCAGCUUCGACGGACAAAACCAGGAGCUCUCCUUCUGUCUCAUCCUCCUCCUCGUCGUCCCUCCUUCGAUCUGUCCAUCCCCGACUUCCACCGAGAUCAGCCGUCUGGAGCAAAACUAAUAACAGUCUUGGAGGUGGUGUGAAGUCUCAGUCUGGUGUCCGGCUGUGUCCACUUGGUCCUGGUGAGGACCACCAGUGUCAUCCAAGGCUGCGUUGCGGGUCGACUCCGGUCAUCUUACAGCUAAGGAUGCACCGGUCUGAUAAUCGGAUCGACGUUUGGAGAUAUCCGAGCCGGGGAUUGUCCCAGCGAGCAAAGAGAGUCAGACCCGAGCCAGACCGGGGAAAAGGCAGAAGUCCAAGUACAGAAGAUCGUGCAAGCGAGCAGAUGAAGAGGAGGAAACAGAUGGAAACGGGCCGGUGUGUUCUGUAUUCUGCAGGAGUCCCCGUCAGGACCCCUAGGCGUCCCUGUGCCCGCCUGCCAAAAACGUCUGCAUCUCCUGGACCCCCUCGAGGCAGGGGACAGCCAAAUGUCACUUGGACCCUCUACAGAGUGGUGAGAGGAGGACAGGAAGAGCUCACUGAACGGCACCGUAACAUGAAGUUAUGGAGGAGCGGAAGCUAAAGCGAAAGAGUCCCAGGACCACCACCAACCCGGCGCCACAGCCUGCGAGCUCUGGCCGGAAAACCAGCACCUCCUCCGGGGGACGGCACGUCGGCUACAGCCACCAAAUGGGGACCCACUCCAGCCAAAAGAGCAAGAGUCGGAGGGCAGUCAGAGAUAAACCCAGGCACCAUCUGGGUUCGGCUGCUAAACCCACACAGAGCCAGGGCCAGGCAGCCCCCAUCAUCCAGCAUUCCUUCCUGACUGAUGUGUCAGACGUGCAGGAGAUGGAGAACGGCCUGCUCAGUCUCCUCAACGACUUCCACUCAGGGAAACUACAAGCAUUUGGCAACGAGUGCUCCAUAGGUCAGAUGGAGCAUGUGAGGGAGAUGCAGGAGAAGCUGGCCCGCCUGCAGUUUGACCUCUAUGGGGAGGUGGAUGAAAUGCCCGAAGACCAGAAGAAGGUGGCCUGCGACACCAACAUGGACAAGUUGCUUCUUAAUCUUGAGGAGCUGAGUUCUUCCAUUCAGAAACUAAAUCUAGCCGACAGCCAGGAGGUCCCGAGGACUGCCAGCGCGUGAUGCUCUCCAACCCGACUGUUUGUUUCACGCCACCUGGAGGAGUUGCGGCGGAGAAGGUGGAGCCGAAGCGAGCUUGAGGCACUUUCUCUGGAGUAUUACAGCAGAAAGCUGCUCACCAGCGUUCCCAGUUUCUACUGGCAGAUGGAUGUAUCGUAGGACAGCCCGACAGGGAUGCACCGACAGCCGUAUUUUUCACUAAUACGGAUUUGAAAGUAGUUAUAAUCUUAUCCUAAUAAACAGCAAGAGGACGUUCUGUUACAUUACGUAAUAUAUUAACGUUGGUGCAUUCCUGUUGUGGCUGUUCUUAAAGUCGAGUUGUAGUCAGUUCACUAGUUUCCAAACAGUCUAGACUUGCAAUACAUUGCUAACCAAAGUGAUAUUGAUAUAAAAGCUCACACCGUGUUCCUCUCCAGUGUUUGUUGAUGGGCUUUGUUAAAGGUGAACUGAUUUUUUAGCUAUUUAAACUCGUUCUAUUGCACUUUUGUCUUACCCAAGUUCUGUAACAUCGCAAACUUAAGACCCAGAGCGAAACGUGUCAAAAUAUAGAGACGGAAACUAAGUAUAUAAUUGUGUUUCGGUGCAGAGAAGAGGAUUAGGUGUUUUAAAAAUAAAUGACAAUACACAGAUUAA